UUCUGUAUCGUCUGUGUCGUGCAGCGUUCGAGUGCCGAGCUGCCGUGGCUGGAUACCUGUGUUACCUCCCGGUUCUUUUGGAUGUGUUUGUGGAUGACACAACUCCUGUACUAAAACAUCUGCUCAGGUAUUACAGGAAUUUUCUGGGAGAUUUCAAAUGUGGGCCAAAGUGUAAAAAAAACGUCCAGUCACAGCUUCAUCUCAGCUGCUUCAUCACAUCUGCUGAUUCAUCAGGAUCAUGAGGCGACAGUGUGCUCACCAGAAAACAACUCCCAGAUGAGGACUGGUAAACUGGUAAUGCUUGAAGGACCAGUAGCAGCUGUUCAGCAGCAGCCCAACAGGGAUAUUUACCCCCAGGCUGUGGGUGUCUCUCUGGAUGGCCUGCAAGGUCAAGUUCCCUUCCCGACUCAAAGCUCCAGCAGCCACAGGAGAACCAUGUCUGAACCUGUCCCUUUGCUAAACUCUGCUCCAGAUCCUGUGGCCAGUCAGGACCAAAGACGGAGGGAGAUGAAGAUGGAUAACAGCUCCACUUGUGAUACAACUAAUCCUGACUCAAAGCAGAAUGGACACAGCUCAGAAGUGGCUAAUGGAAAAGACAUGGAGGUGUCGGACCUGGAGCACAGAGCUGCUGCUCAUAAUAAUUCUCAUUGUGCAGUCACAUCACCCGAGCAACAAGAAGGAAGUGUGUCUCCAUCAGAAGACUGUUCAUCAGACGGGCUCCGAAUAGUGAAGCACCAGCCGAGCGUCAUCGUGUUCUGCGACUAUGAUUGUGACCACAGGGGGACUUUGUCCAACGGGAGCUCUGACGGCGGCGAGUCCUCCUCGCCCAGCACCGAGGAGGGAGAGGGUGACAAUGACGAGGAUGACGACUUCUCUGAGACGUUACAAUAUAAGGAAUUCCUGGCCAGUCGUCGCCGUAGAAACUUGAGCAGGAACAGGAAGUGCUUGAGGAAGAGAGAGGAUGCCCAGCCUAACGGCUCCGCAUCUGGCCGGCCGAAGCCAGCCAGCCAGGACAGUGCCAAGUCCACAGGUGGCGGAGAGGAAGAGGAGAACAAUGGGAAACAGGCUGCUGCUUGUGACUCCAUGGAGCUGUUGAUGAACAAGUUGGUUCGGCUCAAUGAGGAGAACCAGGAAAUCCAAAGGGCUGAUUCCUCCCGACCAGAUGAGACCAAAGCUGAGCAGGAGCAGCAGAGCGCCGUGGGGGCCCCUGCUCUGGCCAGGACGGCGAGCCAAGCCCAGAGUCAGGAUCAGGGAAGCUGCAGGUCUCCAGACAAAUGUGAGCCACUGACGAGACGGCGCUCACGACCUUUGACUCGCAGCAGGCCCCUGACCCGCUCGUCCCUCUCGUCCCCUACUCACCUCGACGCUCGACGGGCCAGGGCCGCUUCAAGGAUCACCAGUGGAUCAGCAGAGAUUGAGGCUAAGGAGGCUUGUGAUUGGCUUAGAGCAGCAGGAUUUCCACAGUACGCCCAGCUCUAUGAAGAUUCCCAGUUUCCAGUUGACAUUUCCUCAGUGAAAAGGGACCAUGACUUCUUGGACCGGGAUCUGGUGGAGCCGUUAUGUCGACGUCUCAAUACUCUGAACAAGUGUGCGUCCAUGAAACUGGAUGUCAGUCACCCCAAGAAGAAAGGUGAUGACUCCGAUGAAGAUGACCCGCUGGCGAUCAGUAAACGGUGGACGUUUGAGUGGAGCAGCCGACGCUGGUCUCGUCUGCAAGACUUCCUGUUGGACAGCACCAAUGACAACAGCCCGACAGGUCAGGGGGAGGGUCUGCGCAGCACAGUGAGCAGCGAGAGCGUCCUGACAGACCUAAGCGAGCAGGAGAUCACGGACAUUUCCUCGCUGCACAGUGAGGACUCGGCCUCCGCCAUGCCUGACUCCAUAUCCAUGGCGUCCCUCUCCGCUUCCUACCAACCACCCAGUGAGCUUUCACACUACAACUCCCUGCCAAUCAAAAGCAGGCGCCAUGGCCAAGGAGGGCGGAGCAAAGCCAAAGAGUUUUUGCGUCGCAUGGAAGUGAUGCGCACCUGGGGGCCAUCAACGAUGCGGAAAAGCUCAAACCGCCGGCCGCCACUCGUCAUCAGUGGGCCUGUGUUACAGGGGGAGGAGCCUCAGGCACUGCAGGUGCUCCAGUGUACUCCCAUCAGCCAAUUAGAACCCAGUCCUAACAACCACCAAACUGAUGAAGACAGUCCUGCUGACACACUCACCAUUGAUUGUGAAGACCAGUCCAUGGUGAGAGUGAGCGCCAGCAGUGAGGCAGUGACGCCCGAUGUGAAGGAGCCGGGGUUCACCAAACCUCGCCCGGCCAGCAAGAGAAGCAGCAUGUACCUGGAGGACAUGGAGCUGCCUUCUCAGGGAAAGAGGACUGAGGGGCAGAGUCAGUUUGGCAGAAACCAGUUUCAUUCAUAUGAAAACCUCCUCAUUCACAUCCCCAAAGACCAUAAACCUGGCACCUUCCCCAAAGCUCUGUCCAUCGAGAGCCUGGCGCCCUCCCCUGAUGACAGGAACAAUGGCCGUCAGACACGGACCCAACCUUCUACACCCUGCAACGGCCUGGGUGAUCCCUGGUCCAACAAACCUCUCUCCAAGCCCCCCUGUCCCGGAGCACCGCGGGGCAGCAGGGUGAGCGUGUACGACAACGUGCCGGGCUCGCACCUGUACGCCAGCACGGGAGACCUGCAAGACUUGGAGAACGAGGACAACAUGUUCCCUCACCUGGAUGACAUCAUCCAGCACGUCAGCGGUUUGCAACAAAUCGUGGACCACUGGAGCCGCAGCGUGCUGCCCGAGGAUGACACGGGGGAGGAGGAGGGGGAGGGCCGGACCAGCCCCAGCGAAUGUGAGAGAGACGGCGUCUCCCUGAUUGAUACAGAUUCGACGGGGACCUGUCGGGAGAGGCGGGACUCUGGAGUCGGGGCCUCGCUGACGAGACCACGUCUGCGAUGGCCCAGUUUCAGAACCUCUGAUCAUCUCAACCAGCCGGCAUCCUCGCUGCAGAUCAGCAGCCAAUCAGCAGGCCAGCUCAGCCUGCUGCAGAAGUUCUCUUUGCUCCGUCUCACCGCCAUCAUGGAGAAAUACUCCAUGUCUAAUAAACACGGCUGGACAUGGUCUGUGCCCAAGUUUAUGAAGCGCAUCAAGGUGCCUGACUACAAAGAGAGGAGUGUGUUUGGUGUUCCCCUCAUCGUGCAUGUCCAGCGCUGUGGUUUUCCGCUCCCUCUGUGUUUACAGCAGGCCCUCAGCCACCUCCGAACACACUGUCUGGACCAGGUGGGAUUGUUCCGCAAAUCGGGCGUGAAGUCUCGUAUUCAGGCUUUGAGGCAGCAGUGCGAGCUGUCCCCUGACUCCGUGACGUACGAGGACCAGUCCGCUUACGACGUGGCCGACAUGGUCAAGCAGUUCUUCAGAGACUUGCCUGAGCCUCUGCUCACAAGCAAGCUGGGGGAAACCUUCCUGCACAUUUACCAAUACGUCCCGAAGGAGCAGAGAAUGCAGGCCGUCAGAGCGGCCAUCUUGCUGAUGCCGGACGAGAACAGGGAGGUUCUGCAGACGCUGCUCUCCUUCCUGCGCGACGUCACCUCCCUGGUGGAGGAGAACCAGAUGACGCCGAUGAACCUGGCCGUGUGUCUGGGGCCUUCGCUCUUUCACCUCAGCAUCCUGAAGAACGACACGCUGUCGCCAAGGUCGAUCCAGAAGAAGUACACCACCGGCCGUCCCGAUCAGAAAGACCUGAGUGAGAACCUGGCCGCCACUCAGGGCCUGGCACACAUGAUCUCUGAGGGCCAUCGUCUGUUUCAGAUCCCAGAGGAGAUGGUGACCCAGUCUCGUAACUCCUACAUGGAGGCCGAGCUGAUGGUGCCGCCGCUGGACGAGCUGUGCAAGGCUCACGAGGAGGAGGUGGAUGAGGACGAAGAGGAGGACGAUGAGGAAGGAUCCUACCAUGCACACAUAGAACGCCUGGUCCAGAACCUGCUGAAAGAUGCCAAAGACAAGAGCAAAGCCUGGGUGUCACGUUCAACUAUUGACAAUACAGAGCUGGCUUUUAAAAAGGUGGGAGAUGGUAACCCUCUGCGGCAGUGGCGUGUGUGCGUGGAGGUGCCCGCAACUCCCAGUGAGGUACUGCACCGGCUGCUCAGAGAGCGCCCCCUGUGGCAGACUGAGCUACGGCAGGAGAAGGUUCUGGAGCCGCUGGACAGACAGACAGAUGUGUACCAGUACUCCUGCUGCAACAUGGCACCUCAACCCAACUGUGACUAUGUGGUACUGAGAUCGUGGCGUACAGACCUGUGCAGAGGUUCCUGUGCGCUGGUGAGCGUGUCCGUGGAACACGAGGACAGCCCACGCAUGGGAGCGGUGAGGGGGGUUGUGCUGGAGUCGCAGUACCUCCUGGAGCCCUGUGGGACCGAGAGGACCAGGCUCACACACAUCUCCAGAGUGGACCUCAGGGGAAGAUCUCCAGAAUGGUACAACAAGGCCUUCGGUCACCUGUGUGUCAAUGAAGUCCAGAGGAUCCGCUCCUCUUUUCUCCCUCCAGAUCAGACGAGCACUGAGGCCAAGGUCUGAACCCCCGGGAAACCAGCUUUGUCUUGGGUCACACCGCCGGAGCAGCUGAUCCAGGAGGGGAAUCAUCCAGGAAUUGAACUUUGGUGUCUUUUCAUGCUGCUGAGCCACACGGAGCCUGUCGGUACCAUACUGUACUGAGUCACAGUCAUUCACACACAGACGGGAGAGGAGUAUUUUAUAUCAUGUAAUCGUGCACGGGCGUCUUUUAACAUCCAAUCACUAAUUUAUUUUCCAGUGAACCAUAGAACAAACAUUUUAGUUUUUCCUUUCACAUAAUCAACUCUUAACCAUGUGCAGUUAUUGGAAGGGUAAGGUUGAGUAGACAGUGAAUAUUUAUCAGUGUUUAUUACUGGGUCCUUCUUUAAAAUCCAUCAAAUAUAACAGACGGCAGAUUUAAUCAUGAGAUGUUUGCCACAGUCUGCAACACCUUAAUUCAGUUCAUUGUAAUAGAUUACCUAACUGAAGCUUACACACGAUUAUAACUUAUUUUGUAGUCGUGUAUUGUCAAAGUUGGCAGGAAAUGUUGCUCAUAUUUAAAGUAGAUGAAGCACAAUACCUGUAUUUAUUAUUCUGAAAAAUCUAUUUUAGCUCCCAGGUCUUUGAAGUGUCACAGGGCCUGACUGAAAUAUACAGUUUGAUUGAAGCUAUUCAGAACUAGAAUGACGGCUCAUACCUCCACCAAGGCCCAACAAUCCUACACAUGAUUGUCUACUUCUGGAAAUCAGUUAUCAGUAUUUUAUGUAAUCCUGCUAAAGAACAAACAAAUACACAAACCAAAGGACAUGAGUGAAAACACAACGUCCUUAUCAGAGGCAACAAUUUCCUCUGUUUUACAGAACAGACCUGAAAAACAGGACAUAUUCACUCCAGUCUGUUUUCUGUCAUUUUAAACAUUGUCAGCUACAAACAGCCACAUUGACAAACACCUGAUGGUGAAAUCUUAUCUACAACUAUUAUCUGAUUAAUCUUUUAAUAAACUAGUGGAAUCUGGAUUUUUUUAUAUCUACAUUUAUAGCAUGCACUUAAUUAUUCUAUAUUAUUCUUGAGCCUUCUACAGAUGCUGUAAAGAUCCAUAGGAAUGACUAGGACCAGUACACUAUGGGUACAUGACAGCACUACAUUGUGAAAAGUGCGCUAGUUUCAGGAAAAACCGAGGACACAAGGGAUCCGGAUCACAGAAACUGGGAAACACUCAUCGGGUCCAUACAUGUGCUUUAACCCUGUUAUGGAAACAUUGAGUUGGAUAUCACUGUUGAUUUAGUUCCCUGUCAUUAUUUUCAGUGUUAAUCUUAUCUAAAUUAAAUGUUAUUUUAAAGUUAUUAUUGUCAUUAUCUCUCUGUACAUGGUAUCAUUGUGUUUUUAUUGUCAUUUAUACAAUGUCUAAGACAUGAGACCAUUUCACUGCUUCUGGGAAGCUUGUUUCAAUAUUUGCAUGUGUGUGUGUGGGAGUGUGAGUGUGUGCAUGGAUGUACCUGUGUAUCUGCAUUUUAGAUAUACAUACAGUCUGUAUAACAGCGGGGUCCAGCAGUUUGGAACCGGCUGUAAUUCACAAUAUCUGACGCUUUCUGUGCUGUGGCAGCAGAUCAACCUUCAUUGCUUACCUACCUAUCAUAUUGAUAUGCUGAAAUGUGAACUUCCCACACAGCAUCCUACUGAAGCAAUAGCAGACUAGAGCUUGCUCCGCCAUGGCGCCGCCUUGGCUUUUUUUUGUGUCUCUCCGCUGUGAGCAGUGUUGCUAUGGUGUUGCUAUGAUACAGUAUCUCUACAGUGCCACCAAAGUCCCAUGUGGAUGCUGCUUGCUGGAGAACCGUGUGUGUGUGAGUGCGUGUGUGUGUAUAUGUGUGUAAAUAUGUGUGUAUGAGACAGACAGAGUGAGUGAGUGACUUUGACUUGAGCCCUCGGCUGAGUGCGGAGAGGCCCCCGAAUGGAGCUGAGUAGCUGAUUGGUGCUCGGUUAUUUCUGACAAAGUGACGGAAAAUAGAACCGUUGUUUCUAAACAAGAGAAUAAAAAAAAUGUAUGAAUUCAA